UUGACAGUAUAGCAUUUUAGAGCACUGUAGAUCAUUAGCUCGUGUAUUUUGGCUCUGCUUUGCAGUCUUAUUGAAUUAAAAAUGUUAAUUGUACGACAUUUACGUAAACUAAAUGCGCCGCAACGACUGCAGCUAAAUGUGGACCAAACGCGUCGCGCACUUUCCGAUGCCAACCUGCAAUACGACAAAGAUCCCCAGCCGCUAUUCACAGAUGCCGAAACACAGCGUCUGCUUCAAUCCAUGACGCAACUGCAGCUGGAGAAGGUCUUCAGGAAACGAACCGUUGCGGAUAACAGCACGGAAACGAAAUUCAUGACCACUGCACAGCUGGAAAAGGAGUUUUUGCUAACCAUUGAAAAGGCUAAGAAACUGUUGCAAAUGCCGCCGGUUGUGCAGAUCAAACCGGACACCGAACGGGUCAUAUCCAAGGAUCCGGCACUAAAAGAUUUCGACGAUUCAAAAUACGUUUUCACGGACAUCAGCUUUGGUCUCAGGCCAUCGGAGCGCAAGGUAGUAGUACGUGAUGUGGAUGGAACCUUAUCCUAUGCCCCACUAGAGACACAAAAACGUAUGAAUCAAUUGUACUUCCCAUUGGAUGGCCGCAAAUCCUAUACGCCUCGCAUGUUUAGCGACAAGGAGCUGCUGCAGCGUUGUCUGGAUGAACACAAAUAUGAAUUUGUUCUGGAUCGCCUAACGGUGCAAUAUGAGCCCUAUGAGACCGAGUUCCAUAAUAUUUCCGCCAAAGUUUUUACGCAUUUGAAUGAAUCGAAGCAAUUCGAUUUACUGCGCUCCACCCGUCAUUUUGGACCAAUGGCCUUCUUCUACGCCUGGCAUCGUUGCAUCGAUGAUCUGCUCUACGAUAUGAUACGACGCGAUUAUCUGUACAAUGCCGUCCAGCUGAUUGCGCUUAGCUAUAAGAUACAUAAGGUGCCCGUGGAGUAUGGGCAAACGCUUAGCCAGUUAGAGGCACUGCAGCCAACGCCUGCCGAACGUGCGCUCGAGGAGCUGCGCAGCUGCUUGCAGAAGCCAUCGGAGAAAGGCAUUGAGAAGGAGAUACACGCGGCCAUUGGCAAAACAGAGCAAGAUUUCACAGCCGACGAACUAAGCUUGAAAUUCAUUGAGCAAUACAUUGGAAGCGAACAUGCGCUGAAGAAGGUGCAACUGGAACUGGCUGUGCAGACUCUUAAGGAGCUAAAUCUGGAGAAGUUGCAGCUGUUUAAGGGCUUAAAGAAGGCGCACGGUGUGCAGGCAUCAUAAGAGCACACAUCUUUAUUAUUGUUAAUAAAAAAUACGAA